AGUCAACCAUUGACUAUGUCAAUUUCUGUAUUCACUUCUUCUCUGGGAUGGGAUCGACGACCCUCCAAGAAAACUUACAAAGCAUAAGAAUUUCUUUCCUUUUUGUGUUAAGAAGAAAAAAGCAGAGAGACGAAGAGUGCGGCAGAAUCAGAAUGUAUGUGACAAGGCCUCUUUCCAUGUUCAAAAACUCCCCUGCUGAUCUUUCAUUGCCUCCACCGGAGGGUCCAAACUCUGGUAUUCUUGUCGUCCAAGAUGAAGAAGCUACAUGCUGUUUUGGGUUAUUCAACAGCGAGAUGAUCAAAGACCUGCCUCUCCCUCAGAACAAGAAACUGGAGCUUUACUAUGCAACAGGGUUUUAUCCCAACAGAAAUAUGCAUUUCUACAAUGUUUUCUUCAUCCCAGUUCUUAAUCAGCCUUUGUCUUCCAACCGCUACUAUGCAAUAUAUCCAUAUGGGAAGGAUAGAGGGGAAGGCUACACAAGCUCAAAAGAGGAGGACAUGGAAAUGGACACGUGCUGCUUGGACUGCUGCCGCGGUCGUAACGAUGUACUACCGCAGCAUUUUGAUCCCCGGAACUUACAUCAGCAAUAUGAGAUUCAUCUUCAAACAAGAAUCAUUAAUGUGUCAGGUGGUUUUGUAGCCAAAUCAAUGGCUCAAGAUGGGUUUCCUCCAGAGGCAUUGUGGAGGAGAGGGUGGAAACUCAAAAGCUCAACGUCGCAUGAAUUCGAACUAGGUGAUGCACCAGGACUAGACACCGCCCUCCGUGCCUGUCUUCCAGAUUUCAAUUUCCCACUAAAGCCUGUGGUUGUAGGGAAGUGGUAUUGUCCCUUCAUGUUUGUUAAGGAAGGGACACCAAAAUCUAUGAGAGAUGAAAGAACUAGGUCAAUGUAUUAUGAGAUGACACUUGAGCAAAAGUGGGAACAAAUAUUUGCAAGGGAUCAUCAUAGUAACCACCGUGAUCAAAGCAAUGCUGUGGCUGUGGAUGCUGUUGUGCAAAGUGAAGUGGUUAUGGUUGCAGAGAGGGAAGCUGUGUGUGAUGAGAGAAGUGUGGGUGAUGGGGUGAUGGAGUUUAAGAGUUUGAACAAUGUUGGAGAAGAGACAAGGGUUGGGGUGAGCUUAGCAAUUGUUGAGAGAAUGAAGUGGGAACAAGAAAGGGUUGGGUGGGUUGGUGGGGAUGUUGAAGGUCUAGUGAGAGUGCAGAGGGUAGAGGAAUAUGGAGGGAUGGGUGAGUGGAACAAGUUUGGUUGUUUUGUAUUGACUGAGAGGUUUGCCUUGAAAAGAAUGGAUGGAAGCUUGGUAUUUACCCAUGAUUUCAAGCACACUCAUCAGAUUAGGAGCAAAUGGGAAUGAAAAAAAUACGCAGUUGUUGUAUGCAUACCAAAAACUCAAAUUGGGUUUUUUAUUUUCUAGACAUUCUUGUAGCUUGUGGACUCAGUAUGCCUUCUGAGAAACUACUUGAUUUAAGGAAGUGUAAAUUAAGACUUUUAAAUCACAGGAAUGUUUUGAUCAA